AUGGGCACCCUUCACCACCUCCGAGUGAAUGGCCUGGGAACUUUGUUAGCCAAGAUUCGGACCAGUCUCUUUGGAAAAUGGUUCAGUCUGCGGACCUUUGCGGAUGACAGUCUGGCACAGCGGCUAAUCAGCCAGACCUUGCGAGCUAUACAGCUUCUAGAUGAGAAAGAAUCAUGCAACAACGCGACGUGCCAUCGUGUGAGAUUCACACUUGGCCGCAUGUGGAAUCACCGCAACCUAGACGAGGUCACGCACCGGCACAUCGACCAGGUCGUCGCCGGUAGUGUCACAGAUUUGAGUGUACACCUACUCGAGUUUUUCACGAGUGCGGGACAAGAUGGCGAGCUCAAGGCACCUGGACCACUGUUUGGUAAUAUGGCGACACGCGAAGGCGUCGCCAAGCUCAAAGACAUUCCGAUCCUGCUGCUUGCCAGGUCAGAUAACCAGCUGUUUAGCCCUGAGUCUGUCGAAAAGAGUUACAAACUUCUUUGCGAUACUUUCGGGCCUGAUAUGUAUAAGCUCAAGAUCGUGCCGGGCUAUGGACAUCAUGACUGCUGGGUCGGUUAUAAUUCGUGGAGGGAUGUAUAUCCUAUUGUGCGAGAGGAGGUGGACCGCGUGGUCAGGGGUGAUCCCAAUCAUGGUCAGGAGCCAAACGAUAAGUGGGCGCUCGAAGGCGAUUCGCAUGCGCCGGGACGAUAG